CUUUCCUCGUGCAAGGACAGCUCCAAUUCUCUCUACAACACUUUUAUCCUUUCCUUUUGAUUAUAAGUGAUCAUCAAAUCUAUAAAACAAAAUGAAGAUUUUCGCAUUAGUGUUGGCAUUGGCUUGUGCAGUACAAUGUGGACCAGCAAAAACAAAGAAACACAUACACGAUCAAGAAGCAGAGAGUUACGAAUACGCAUACGCAGCUCAGCCAGAAACAUUGUUGUUAGAUGCUCAUCUUUUGGAAGCGGGUCCAAUAGCAGUGCCUAGUAAUACUCAUUUAUCAGAACACCGUUCACAUACACGUCCAGGUUAUAGCGUGGGUGGUCCUUUGGCAAGUAUUGCUCAAGGUGCUGCUGAACAGGCGCACACGCAAUUAGGAAAUCAACAUUCGGCAGCAGGACAAGCGGCAUACAUGGCUAAGAACACGUUGGCUCAGGCAGCAGCUCAGUCAGCUGCAACAGCUGCAGCAGCAUUAGCAGGAAAACAAAUCAUCCUGAUGGGCCUUGAACAACAAUCACGAGAUGCUCAUGUAGCCAUUGAUGGUGAAAAACUUCAACUUCAACAAGCUCAACGUGCUGCCGCAGCUGCCCAAAACACAGCGCAACAAGCAAUGCAUCAGGUUCAAGUAAUCACUGCAGCUUUGAACGCUGCACAGGCUACUUCCGAUCAUGCCAAUCAAGCUGCAGCCGAAGCUCAAGCUGAAUACGCUGCUCAAACUAGCAUGGUUGGACAAGCUAAAGCACGUGCAGAAACCAUCGAAGAACAACUAAAUGCAGCUCGUGUCGAUUUCGAAGCAACCCAAGCAGCUGCCCAAAAAGCUGCAAACGCUGCAAACGCUGCUCAAUCAAAUGCUGCUGCUGCUGCAGCUCAUGCCGCGAAUGCAGCAGCUGCUAACGUUGCUGCUGCCUCAGCAAACAGUCAUUCUGGCGCUGCUCAUAGUAAUCUCGUAGCUCAUCUUGGUGAACCACAUACGAACGCUGUACCCGUUGAUGCGUUCGAUUACAAAUCUGCACCCUAUCAUUAUUGAUUAUUUUAUGAUAACUUUAGUUAUUCGAUCUAAACUUUAGCUCGUGACAUGUGCUCGACAUUUCAAUUCUCUUCUUAUUUCUUAUUUUUUAUGUGUAACAAAUUGAGCAUAAAUCAGUCAAAUUCUUUCGAAUUUUUCCUGAUCUUCCUAAGAUCACAGUAUAUAUUUAAAAAUAAAAUAUAUCGUUAAUGCGAUCGAUCGAAACUUAAAUUAUAGAAUGUAAUUGCAACGGGAAACUCUUCGAGGAUCACAUCUUUACGA